AUGCAGCGCUUUGUCUGCAUCCGAAUUACAGAAGCAUGGGUGAGAAAAACAAUUAUGACUAUACAAAACUUCUACUCUUAUUGGAUUGCUUUUUCUUUCAUAGCUCUCUGUUCAUACAAUGAAAAAGAAAAUUGUUUUAUUUACAUUGGAGAAGAAAUACAUCGUCUUCAGCAACAGCAAAGUAGUGAUCAAUUAGAAGAACUGGAACUAUCAGCGAAACGAACAAAGGUCGUUCAUUCUUUAUUUAAAGAUUUAGAAGAUCCAUUCGUUUCAAGUCCAUCAACUGAAAUAAAUGCAGAACCUGACGAUCUUCAGUCAAGUCAAGGUAGUUAUGAAUACAAUUAUCAUGCACCACGAAUAUAUCAACCAACACCACCCGAUGAAUUACAAAGAUAUUUACAAUUAUCCAUACCAAGUUAUCUGAUUGAUCGUGAUCCAAUGAAGUUCUGGUCUAGUCGUGAAAUUCGUCGUGAUUUUCCAUUUCUAUCAAUAGUAGCCAGAAGAAUACAUGCCAUAUUAGCGACCAGUGCUUCUGUAGAGCGGCUAUUUAGUUCAGCUGGAUUAACAAUUACUCAAAUAAGAACACGUUUAUCGCCGAGUCCACUCGACAAUGUAUUAUUUCUUCGUUCAUACGACAAAUUCAAGAAGCAGCAAAAAGAAAACUGA